AUGUCUGCAACGGGCGAUUUCAGCGAUCUCUUCGAUUACGACGACGACACAAUAGCCGCCGCCGCCGCCGUCACGAGCCCUUUUCACCAGAGCCUCGAUUUAUCCAAAGAUCAAUCGCUCAACGGCUUCAAUCCACAAGCCCUGCACAACGCCACGACGGCAUCCUCGACACUCGGCGCCCGCGACAUUGCUGCCGCCGAAUCUCCUGAUUCGUUGAACGAUUCUUUUCGCGACUCCUCCUCCGACUCGGGCUCUUCGAAAAGGACAGGCAGCUCAGCAUCCGGAAAGACUGCUCUCACCGCCGGCGACAUUAUGAUGACCGAUGGAAAUGAUAUCAAAAAGGAGUGGAACCCAACUUCCUUUUCCAAAGGCUCUGACGAUGGCACGUUCGUCUUUGGCGCCAACGAGCCCUCGUCUGUCAUGGGCGACACCUUCGACCUACCCACCGACGACAACUUCAUGAACGAUUCUUUCGACUUUGAAAGUGCGUCGAGCAGCCCCGAGGCAGCCAACAAUGCCGCAAUGAACCUUGCGUCCCCCGACAUGCCCACCAUGACGGCACACAUUCCUCACAACAGCCAAACCCCCAGCAAAUCCAAAAGCCAGGCACCCAGGAAAAAAUCUCAAUUCCCCCUCACACAACCCAUGCAUGGGCUGCACAUGUCUGCUUCCCGCGAGGUAUCUCCUCUGUCACAAAACGUCGCCAGCCAGCAAGCCUCGCCUUCAAACUUUUUCAAUAACUCCCCCUCGCCAACCAACCAGCCCGACUUCUCUAAUCAUGUCGCAGCCGCCGUCGGUCACCCAUUCUGGCCCCAAGUCGAUGGCGGCCAUGCGGCCAUGCCCCCGGGUUUCCCGAUGAUGCAACAGUUCCACCCUCAGCUGAUGCAGCAGAUGUUGUUUGCUCAAGGAGGCUUCAACCCCAUGCCGUACCACUGCAAGCUCAUUAUUCACCCAACACCGACCAAGUCGCGAGUUGAGACGCAGAUCCCUAUCAAGAUGACUCUUCUCGGAGCGCCACCAGGUGUCAAGCGGCUGCAUCUGCCCACGCACACAAUCUCGAAGCCGAAAUUGCUGGCCAAAUCUCCGUCUGAACGAUCGCCCGAUAUGCUUGAGCUCUACACUCAAUUGGUCUGCACCAGCGCCAUGCUCGUCGGAGACAACAAGCAACGGGCAUUCAAGCGGGCUGCUGCCGCCUCUCAUCCACAUCCUUCGCUCAACGAAAGAUCUGCCAGCGAAGACAGUAAUGAGGACGACAAGCCACAGAACGGUGGCGAGGUGCGCAUCUGCCAGGGAUGCAUCACGCGAGAGCGCAAGCGUGCCGGACGAAAGAAGAUUAAGAAGGUGGAAGAAGAGGAAAUGUGGAAGAAAGAUGAGAACCGACGAGUGAUCGUCUUCAACACAAAUGAGAUCAAGGAAUGGCAACCGCCUAGUGCCACCCCUGCAGACCCCGCGGUUGCAGGCCCGCCAGAACCUCAGUAUCCUGCAGGAGCCCUGCAGGUAGACGCUCCGAUGCGUAUCGCCUGCUAUUGUCGACAUCACGCCGAGAAGAUGGGAUUCCGGGUUGUCUUCACUAUCAAAGACUGGCAGGAUCGUGUCGUGGCGCAGGAGAUGUCUCAUUCCAUCAUGAUUACGGAUGACCACAAGACACAUCCGGUACCGCAGACCCUCAACGCCAUCGGUUCUCAGGGUGAGGAGAACUCGGUUGUGCCAAUGGUGAACGCCCCGCUCGAAACAAGCCCCCUGACUACGCCUGCUCCCUUCAGGGUAUCGCAGUCGAGUUCAGACCUGCAAAGUUUGAGGCGGAAUGGUUCAGCUCAAUUACCUGGGCCUCCUCCACUUCCUGUGCCCCCACCAGUCGUUAAACAUCAGACGCCGCCGGCUUCCGCGCCCAGCGUCCCUGCCCUGUCAAGACCUGCAUCUCCGUCCUUGUCCAACAUGGGACCUGCCUCGAAGAAGCGAAAGGCGAGCGGGCCCCGAGUGCCGAUGGAAAUGGCGAUGACAAGACUCGACACCUCGCCCCCACCGGGGACACAACCAUCUGCAAGCCAGGCGCCAGCCACUGCGUCAGCUUCUACCUCACCCUUCACACCCAACCUGGGACUCAACCUCCAGAUGCCUGACAAUAUGUUCGCACAAGCCGGCGCCGUGCAGAACGUCCCCCCGCCUUUCGCCACCGGCCCAACGACGCCCAACAACAUCAACGAUCAAGCCAUGUUUGGCAACGCCGCGCGAUCGGCCAGCAUGGACAACCUUGCCAUGACCAUGUUCUCUGCGCCCACCUCGGCGCACCCCAGCCGCGCGCCGAGUCCCAAUUCCCUGAGGCAAAGCCUCGGUGGUGUGCCGCAAACACCUAUGGCCCAUGGCCUCAUCAACGGCAUGACCUUCCUUCCCGGCGGUCAGAGCCAAAGCCGUCCACAACCGACCAUCCAUAAGAUCAUUCCCGGGGAGGGGCCCAAGAUGGGUGGUAUCGAAGUGACCAUUCUUGGUGGUGGAUUCUUCCAAGGGCUGGACGUGUACUUUGGCGAGCACAAGGCGACGACGACAACCUUCUGGGGCGAGUCCUCAUUGGUCUGUCUGUUGCCUCCGGCGUCGAGGCCUGGCAUUGUUCCUGUUUCCCUCAAGCAAUCCCACGCACAGUCGCCGCCGUUCAAGCCGAACCCGAAUCAGGUCUUCCGAUACACCGACGACGAAGAAGCACAGCUCGCCAGGAUGAUGAUUGGCAUGAUCUCACAAAAGAUGACGGGCCAACUUCUGGACGUGAGGGAGCUGGCGCAACGAAUCAUGGGCCCCCAGGACAUGGAUUGGUCCAGCAUGGGCGGCGGAUCCUCUUCAGGCGGCGGUUUCGGUGGUGGCAACACGUAUAGCACGAGUACUGAGUCGCAGCUGCUGAAGUGCCUGGAACUGAUUGACCUCGAUGACAGUGCCAGGAUGCCUCGUCUCGAUCUCAGGAGGAAUACGGGCCAGGCCAUGCUUCAUUUCGGAUGCUCGCUUGGUUACCACCGCUUUGCUGGCGCAGACCCCACGAUCAGGAGCUUGUCUGGGCUUCGGCCCGCUGAUGUCGCUCGCUCGCGCAAGGUCAUCGAACACAUCCGCCGUUGCGAGCGACACGUUCGUUCUCGUAGUGGAGGUUCUCUGCACAGCCGAGCCAGCAGUGCCGCCUCUUUGCGAUCUCUCUGGGAUCCCCACGCUGUGUCGGAAGAGUCUGACGGCCCUGGUGAUGGAGAGGAGAGCCCGGAGUAUUCCUCUGGUGAUUUUGAAUCGGAAGACGAGGCUGAGGAUAAUUGGCUGAAUAUGCGCCGAUCAAGCACACACGCAUACGGAGCACCGACCGAGAGAGACAGUUUGUCAGAAGAACGAGAUGAGCUGCAACGAGUGCCGGGCUCACCGACCACGGCCCUGGCAGCAGCGGUGCGAGAUCAAGUAUCGGCGCAGCUUCACCAAUUCCAGCAGGCGAUGGCUAUGCACUUCCCCAACAUGUCGCAGAUGCCAAACCUGCCUCAAAUGCCCAACUUCCCACGAAUGUCCAUGCUGCCAGACUACCAACAGUACCUGCACCAGCACCCGCUCAUGGGUCGGAUGACAUCCUUCAUGGAGGGCAUGUCGGGCUCUCGGCCUGGAUCAGCUGGUGACGAAACGCCAAAGGCCAUGGAUGGCAAAUGGUGGGACUUCUCGUCGCUUCUGAACAACAACAACAACGCGGCCUCCCCGCCUGCCUACACAGAACUGUACCCGCAAGACGCCCUUGACAAGAAGCAGGCCUCCGCUGCGGGGGCUGCUGCCGAGGCGGAAGCUGACGCGAAAUGUGCCAAGCUGUACGACACGGCGACCGUUGAGGCCAUCGAGGAGACGAGCGAGGCCGCCACAAGCGAGGCGCCUGUCCCCAAGGCACUCAUGAUUGGCAGGAAGAAGGCCAUGACGAAGGAGCAACAGCAGGACUUCCUGCGGGCACAUGCCGCCAAAUUUAAGGGCAUCCGCAGCGAUAAGAACCUCUGGUUUAUCUGGGUAUGUAAUGAUGCUGAACCAACACAACAAGGGAGGAACGCUAACAGGUAUCAGAUUCCGCUUCUGACAGUGCUGCUGGCUUCCAUGCUGUACAUCCGCUUCCCCGAACAUUUUGCCACGGCGUGGUCCAUGAUUCGUUCGGUGCCCGCGCAGCAGGUCCCUGAGGCCGCCCGCACCCUCCGGGACCGCGUCGUUGAGGUGCUCUGA